UUGAUAGCUUAGUUUACACUACGAGGCACACAGCUGCAUCCUAAGGUUAUACAUUUAAUGUAGCGAAGUGUGGCUCACCGUACGUGAUUUCGCCCAGUGAAAUACUUAUAGUUUUAUUUUGUGAAGUGAAUUUUGCGUUUUUUCGUUCUCAGACAAGAAACUAAAAGAAGAAAACUAAAAUAUAUUGCGCUGAGAUGGCGCCACUUUCGCUCAAGGUGGUGCAAGAUACCGGAGCAGUGGUCACCCGAACCGUCAAAGUGGACUCCAAGGAUACUGUGGAGGCCGUAUUGGAUGUCGUCAAGGAGAAGUUUAUGAUAGCUGAUGAUGGGAAAGAAUACGGGCUAUUCCUGACGGCGGCUGACGACGAGCUGUCAGGCGUGUGGCUGCAGUCGCUGCGGCCCCUGGAGUACUAUAUGCUGCGGGACGGAGACGAGCUGCUGCUGCUGUGCAGGACCAGGAUCCUGCGCCUCCGGACGCUGGACGGUACCGUGAAGACCCUGCAAGUGGACGAGUCGCAACCCAUCUCACAGAUGUUGGUCGGCAUCUGCGCCAGGAUCGGGAUCACCAACCACGAGGAAUACGGCCUGUGUUAUGAUGAAGAGGACACGGGAACUGGAACCAGGCCGUCCACCGGCACGCUGACCCUCAAGCGGCCUCCCCAGCAACAGGGGGAGCGGGACGCGAAGCUGGAACACAUGAGCAAGAAGCUCAAAACCGACGAUAAUGUGCAAUGGCUGGACAUGCACCGCACACUGCGCGAGCUGCGCGUGCGCGCGCGCGCGACGCUGCUGCUGCAGCGCCGCCUCUACUACUCCGACCGCAACGUCGACGCGCGCGACCCCGUGCAGCUCAACCUGCUGUACGUGCAGACUAGGGACGCCAUCUUGGAUGGCCGGCAUCCGGUCACCGUGGAACAAGCUUGCGAGUUUGCCGGUCUCCAAUGUCAAAUCCAAUAUGGCGAUUAUCAAGAGGAGAAACGUAAAACUGGCUAUUUGGAUGACUACAAGGAGCUACUCCCAAGCAACAUAUCAAACAAGAGCGGACUCGACAAGAAGAUAAUUAAAGAGUAUAAAAAACACCAGGGUCUAAGCUCGAUAGACGCGAAGCAUCUGUAUACGAAGACCGCUAGGGCGCUGCCCACAUAUGGGGUCACCUUCUUUGUUGUUAAGGAGAAACAACAAAAAGGGAAGAAGAAGCUGGUGCCCCGUCUGCUGGGCAUCAGCGCUAACGCCAUCUUGCGGCUGGACGAGGAAACCAAGGAGAUCCUGCAGUCGUGGGCGCUCACACAGGUCAUGUCCUACCAGGUCGGCAAGUCGCACACCUUCACGCUCAACUUCGGGGAUUACAGUGACAAGGAAUACAGCGUAAAGACCAACGACGCAGUGCGUAUCAGGGACAUCUUGCAAGGAUACAUUGACAUCAUCGCGAAGCGGCUAGCGGGCGCCCGCAGUGUCACCAUGAGUGACGGCCAAGUAAUCGUCGAAGACAAUAUCCAUACUGCUAGAGCUCACAUAGUCCAGCACGUGCAGAAUAACCCAUCCAAAGUAGUGGAGGAAUCCUUCGUUGGACCCACGAAGAUCUUAGCGUAUGAACCAGGCCAGACGGCGAGCCAGGGCACACAACUAGUCACGGUGCAACAGGUCAUCAUCAGUAGCAAAAUGGAAGGACAGAAGUGCACGCUUACAGGUGAAGUUCUCCACCGCAAGGGAAUGUCCCUGGACUUCGUGAGGAAGCUGAACAGAAUGAACUCCAACUCGGUGAAGGUCGUCAACCUGAUCAGCAGCGACGGUGGUCCACACACUGUGGAACUUAAGGCCAUCGUCAGCACUAUGGAAAAUGAUUUACCUUUGAUAGAAUCAGGAAUGAAUGAAAUCGUGAAGACGGACAUGGAUGAAGACGCCAAGAAGAGAUUGUUGAAUGAGCUGCAGGAGCUGACUGAAUUCCUCAACACGCUGACACAACAGAUCAAUGGUCCGAACCCGGAGAGUGACGAAGCCCUGGAGGCAGCCAGCAAGAUAGCUGAUGUCUCCACUCAAAUGUACUUGGGCCUGGAUCCACUAACGAAGCGGCGCAGCAACUUGAUUAGGAUCUCCCGUCAAAGCUUCAUAGAAGACGAGAAGGUAGACGCCAGCGUCCGCCUCGCGUCGCUGCUGAGCUCGGCUGCCGGCGCCGGCGCUGCCGCGGACCGCGCCAAGGCUGUUAUUGGCCAGGCAUACGAAGGAGCGUUGUCUUCAUCAGAGGUGGAAGAUUUGGAGAAAUCAGCUCGAGACAAGAUGUGCAAAUUGAAUGGCGCUGUCGCAUUGUUCCUCACUGCCCAUGCGGAUCUUGAAAAUAUAGAUUAUUCUGGCGCGGUCACUUCGAUGAAUGCCAUCAAUGAGCUGAUCUUGGAACUGGCCAAAGAUGCACAAGCCCUCGCCAGCACAAAAGACGGCGAAGCCAAACAAGAACUGAUUGAAGAUAUCGGCAAACUGCUCGAGGCCACUAAACUGGUCUGUUCUCUCCCCGGAAGUGUUGACCGUCAGAAACUGCAAGAUGUGACAAGCAUGUACGGUUCCGUCGCUGACAAAUUGAUCUUGACGUUUAGGCGCGGAAGGCGGGAUGAUAAAGAUAAUGGAAUCGUAGACUUAGCAAAAGACGUAGGCGAGAAGACAUCCAUACUGCUAGUGAAAGCCAACGAACUGAGCAAGUUGGUGUCGGGCGAGCUGCGCGCGCAGCUGCACGCGGCGCGCGCGCAGUGCGCGUGCGCGGACGCCGCGCUGCGCGCGUGCGCUGCGCUAACAUCUCCAUGCAUCUGUGAGCCUCACUGCCAGAGUGCCCUCACAGCGUCCGCGGAGAGCCUCGCGACGACCGUUCAGAGACUGAUCCUAGUCGCCAAGCCUGGGAUGCUGGAUGAAGAUACCAAAGCUCAAGGUGAAGAGUUGAAGGCACAAAGUCUGGACUUGGCCAAGGCUUUGGAUGCUUUGAGGAAUGCCUAUGGCAAUGAAAGCCCAAGCGUAGACGCUGGCGCAGUGAAGAACCCUCAAAAACUGAAGUUCAUGAUGCGACUCGCUGACGCCAUGAAGGAAUUCGACGAAUUUGAAGAAGAUCUAAAUAAGCCCCCCGCCGCCCCGACACCGCUGGUGGCCGCGCUGUUGGAGAAGACGCUCGCGCUCAAGAUGGCCGACUACAACGCGGCUGUCGCUUCUCUACUCAUUGCUUCUUCUGAUCGGGACAACAUAGAUUUCCCAAUCGCCGAGGAAGCAAUAAUUAAGAUACAGGAGACACUGCCAGGAAUUGUUAAAGAAAUGAAAACCCUAGCUGCAUCAAAAGACGAAGCCACAGGGCAAGCCAUGUUGGAUGAUGUGAAGAGGCUAUGCGAGGGAACACGCGGGGUUUGCGCAAGUGUAGAUUCCGCUAAUAUUGGGCAACUAAACGGGGUAGCAGCAAGUCUCGCCAAUACAUCACACAAAUUGUACUGUACGUUUAACCGUACAGACCCGAACGACAAAGAAGAAGAGCUCCUGGACAUAGCAACAGCGGCUUGUGCGCACACGUCCGCAAUGCUGUCGGGCGCGCAGCAGCUGGCGGCGGCCGCGGCCGCUGGCGGCGACGCGCUGGACGCGGCCGGCGCCCGCACCGCUGAGAGGGCGAAGGCUUUCCUUACAUGUGCACUGCUAACAGCCGCUUGUAUUAACAACCCGUCGUGCCGAUCAUCACUCCUCGAAGCAGCAGACGCCCUGUCUUCAUCGUCAUCAGAGUUAGCCAAGAGUUGCUCCUCGGAGCAGAGCCCUCUAGCGGACAGAAUCAAAGACCAACAGAGGGAUGUGGAAGACGAAUUGGACAAGUUGAGGAAAGCUUGCUCUGGGUGUAAAGAACACAAGAGGUCGGCGGAGGAAGAGAGACAGAGGCUGCAGUUUGUGAAGUCGGCCGUCGCGGCUAAGGCUGGCUUGCUAGCUCUCGAGAAGGAACUCAAUAAGCCGUUCAGCGGGCAGAGCAAGGACAACAAGUUAGUGCUGAUCCGCCAGCAACAGCUAAGCGACGCGAUGGCCCGGCUCAAUUCGGCUAUCGCUACGCUCACCACCGCCACUGCAGAUCCAGAAAAUCCAGACUACACUGUAGCGGAGGAAGCCAUGGCGACGGUCACUGAGCUAAUGCCACUAGUUAUCUUGGACACGAAAGUCAUGGCUUCCAGCAAAGACGAUAAGACACGCGACGCUGUGAUGACGGACCUCAAGCUACUGUGUGACGCGACCAGAGAAAUUUUUGAAUCGCACCAGAACCCACAUCAAUUGCGUGAAUCUGCUAAGAAGUUCGGCGUGGCUUCGGGCAAACUCGUGUACGUUCUCAACCCCAGAAAUAAACCUGAUGAUGCUAAUAAGGUGAUAAAACAUGCGAAUUUAGCCUGCAACACAGUCAGACAGCUGGUGAAGGACUGCCACAAGCUGUCGCACACGCUGUACGCGACGGACGUGGCUGCGGAGGAGUUGCGUCGCUCUGCUGACAAGGCCAUAGACGACGUCGAUGCUCUGCUCACUGCUACACAGUUGACAGCGCCAAGCCUGCGAGACUCCCGCUGCCAAGCGGUACUGCUGUCGUCACUAGACGCUCUGUCCCACUCGGCCCAGCACUUGGCCCAGCAGUGGGCUCCGAUCCAGGCCGUGGACAAGCAGCCGCUGGUGAAGAAACUGGACGCGCAACACGCGGAGCUGGUGCAAAGACUGCACGAUAUGAGGAAUGAAUGCCUUCGAGAUUACAUAGAUGUGGCUGGUCCCGUGAAAACCAUAGACCCAAAGCAGGAGACUAAAGAACAGAAGCGAGUUCGUUUCGCCGACACGGUGUCCGCGACCAAGUCUGAUUUGAGACAGAUCGAGGGUGUGCUCAGUAAGCCGUACACCGGAACAUUGCCUGAAGGUCAAGCGCUCGCGUUCAGACAACUCCAACUGUCCAAUGGUUUGGCGCGACUCAAUGCUGCCCUAGCAGCAUUGGCAGUAGCUACCACUGAUCUAGACAACCCCGAUUUUGCUGCCGCUGACGAAGCCAUGAAUAUAAUUCAUGAAACAUUACCUCAAGUCGUAAAAGAUACGAAAACCAUGGCGGCAGUUCGUGAUGACGUCAGCGGAGAAGUGAUGUUGGGCAAUGCGCGUGCGCUGUGCUUGGCCACGUCGCAGAUCUGCGACCAGGCAGAGAAGGACCCCAAGGCUCUGAGACAGUUCGCAAAGAAUUUCGCGACGGCCUCUGGCAAGCUCAUCUACGCGGUGAACUCGCGAGCCAAACAGAGCGCCGCUGGUCAGGUGAUGGAGUCCACGCAAGCAGCUUGCAAGACCGCCAGCCAGCUGGUGAAGACGUCCACCCGGCUGACGGCGCAGCUGGCGCCGGCGGAUGACGUCCGCCGCCAGGUGGCGGCCAGCGGCGGGCGGACGGCUGACGCUGCUGAUGCCUUGAUGACUGCUGCUCAACUAACGUCCCCUUGCAUCAGCGACCCUCACUGCCAGUCCACCUUCUCCACUUCAAUCGAAUCCCUCUCCUCCUCAGCCAAGGAGUUGUCAAGCCACUGGCUGCCAUUACUCCAAGAACCCUUGCUGACAGCUGUCAUAAGGCAGUUGGAGAAGGAGAAUGAACAGUUGACGUCUGAACUGAGUCAUUUGAAGGACUUCUGCCACGAUUCUAAGAAAGCUGAAAACAUCGUGCACAAGCCAAUGACGAAGCCCAAACCGUUGCCGAAGAAGCCGAAAGAUGAGGAAGUGAUGCAGAAGCAGUUCACCGCCGCUCUGGAGAAGGCCACUAGCGGGCUCCGUGCUGCCGAGGAAGAUAUUAAGAGAGUGUACAGCUCAACAUUGGCGGCUCCGAAGAUGCACAAAGACCAAGUGAAAGGAGUUCACAAGGCGCUGGAGAAGAAGAUAGCGCUUAGCAACGUGGCCGCCAGCGCACUUCUUGCAUAUUAUGCUACAAAGCCCGUGGACUAUGCUACAGCGGCGAAAACUACUUCUGACCUGGCCAGUUUGAUGCCCAAAAUCGCUCAAGACGCCAAAGUCCUCAGCAACACGAUGUCGGAGAAGCAGAAGAAACGAUUUCUCGACGACAUCCUGGCGAUGUUUGAUGCGGCCAAGCAGGUCAUUGACGCGGCUCACAAUGAUGGGAAUAAUCUGCAUGGCGUGGCUGUAGAGUACGGGAACAAAUCAGGCGCGCUCCUUUACUCGGUGUGCACGGACUUUGAUCCAAGUCACGAAAAAGAGGUUAUAUCACGUGCUAAAGCAAUAGGCGAAUGCGUGUCAGAAUUGACUGAAGGUAGUUCAGCCCUGAUGAGUACUGCGCCCGAGGUCACUGACCUGCUGUGUGCGAGAGGGAAGGCAUGUGUCACCGCGGCUGGGAACUUGGUCUACACUGCUAAGCUUGUGGCACCAUCAAUCCAAGUCGAGGAAUGUCGUGAGAUUCUCACAGCCGCGUGCGAGGCCCUGUCCGGCCACGUCGCGGCGCUCUCCAGCGCGUGGCAACCGUUGGAGGUCGAUUCUCGACACAAGGUGCUCAUUGAGGAAUUAAAUGUCAAAGUGGCGAAGGUUGAAGGUCUUCUAGAAGAGUUGAAGAACGACCUGGACUCGGGGAAACUGGUGAAGAUGCAACCUCUGGAGCUGCUGGCUGAGGACACUCCUCUCAGGAAGCUGACAGCUGCUCUCAUCGACAGCUCUGUGAAAAAGUCGACAAACCCAUCGUUAUCUCCGGAACAGAAACGAGCGCUGGUAGAGUACAGCCGCGCGCUGACGGCCGCCAGCGCGCGGCUCGACCGCGCCAACGCUGGCUGCAAGCGGGAACCUCAUGACCUAGCUAAGCGACGUGAGCUAGAGGACGCAGUUCAGAAUCUCCAAGUGCUGGCACUGCAGGGCCGACCCUCGGCCGGCAACCGGCGGCAGUAUAUCGUGGACUUGACGGAAUACGUAAAAGAGCUGUCUCAAGAAGCCGACAAGUUGGUCAGUACGAGUGCUCAUUGCUCAACCCAACAAAAGGAUAUCGAUAGGAACUGUCGAGAGAUCGUAGAAGAAGCGGAGCGCAUCAUGAACCCCUCUAACCACCGCGCCAGUGGGGCGGACACCAGCCUGGAUGAUAUACAAGAGGUGGACCAGUUUGGAAGGACUACAGCCGGACGCGUGAAGACAAUCGCUUCGAAAAUCCAAGAACUGCCCGACUCGAAAGACAAAAUACUGCUCGCCGCACAGUCAGUCAACUUGGAGGAUAGCUGCAAUAUACUCAGGUUUGCAAGUCGGAGUGCCAUCGCCACUACCCAAAGUGCUGCACUCGACGAAGCCCUAGACUCGCUCGCGGACCUGGAGCUGAAGAUUGAUGACAUGCUGGACAGUGGGGAGACACAACGUCGUUACGUUGACGAGCCGGUGUCGUACAGCGCGCGCACGCGUCUGCUGCGCGCGGCGAGCGCUGUGAGCGCGCAGCGAGCGCUCGCGCCUGCGCUCGCGCGCUACGGCGCUGAACUGCGCGCGCGCACCGAUCUUACCAACACUAAGGAUAAAAAGAGACUCCAAGAUCAUUUGAGAAAGCUGACAUAUCUACUGCGAGUACUAACAGUGGAGACCAGCAGACGGGUGGCCACGUGGCAGGAGGCGGGCGGUCCUGAAGUGGCAUCCGUUAUGGAACAAGUGAUCAAAGAAAUCGAGGUGGGAUGCAGUAUGAACCGACCGCCGAGGAAACAAAGCUCAGUCCUUCAGAACAUUGACCUGAACCGGCUGCUGCUGGCCAGCGACGUCAUUCAAAUAGAGGGAGACAGGAAACACGUAGAAGACAAGUUGCAACAAACAGCAACAAAACUAUCAUCCAUGCUGUCGACCGUGAUGUCCAGUUGUAGUAAACCAGACUCGUUGGCCCGGAGUCUCAGUGUGACCGCGGACACGGCCAGCGAAUUGUCGGCAAUGGCGCGAGCGUUGAAGAGAUAUCAUGACCCAGUAUACAACGCAAAGAUUGAGGAGGCAGUGAGGGACGUCACUUUCCAGACUUAUAGCGUUUUGAUAGCCUCGGAGCUCGUUAGUCAAGAGCCCAAUGAUCCGACACAUCGCAGGAGACUCCUCGACGCGUGUCGAGCGUUGAAUGACGCACUUAAUAACCUGAGUCGCGCUGCAGCGCCCCAGAGGAAAAUGCAGCGGAAAUGCAGUGAGCUGACCCGGAACCUGCAGUUGAACCAAACCUUAUUACAAAUGGCUCAGCCGACCUGCGCACUGCCCUACGCAGAAUGCUUGGAUGCCCUUACUACUCAACAAGAGGUCAUACAUAAGCUGAACAGUGACCAGCCGAUGUCCAAGGAAGAGUUCUCUCGCACUCUGGGCUACAUCAGCUCAGCUGUGUGUAACAGCUCUGAGUUGGCGGCGCAUUGCGGGUAUUUGAUGUCGCUGGGUGAACGAGAUCAAGACGCUGCCAAGCUAGGAGUGGUGGACGUCAGGCACCUGAACAAGCUGACAGAAUCAGCUCAGGCCACUUGCUACAGGGUGCUGCAGUUUGAUGUUGAGCAGGCUAAAGAAGAAGCAGUGCAUCUUAUCAGCCAAUCACAAACUGUUAGAGAUGCCCUGUUGGACGCGGAGAAGAAGUCCUUACAUCUGAAACAGGAGCUCGAGUCUGCAGCUCACAGCUUGCAGAAACGCACCAAUGAACUGGAAGAAACUCUCACACAGACCGAUAAGGCAAAGAUAUCAGCGGCUACCAGCAACCUUCUAGAGAGUAUACAGACAGUGACGGUGCUUAGUGAACACCCAUCUUUGGUCCCGGCGGGUGGAGACCUCACUGAGGACCAGAAACAGGCACAAGACCAUGUCCUCACUGCAGCGAGGGAGCUGACAAACAAGACCGCUUCCCUCAUCCGUGACGUGAAGAAUCACAGCGAUCGGCGCGGCGACGACGAUGAACAGAUGACAUGGGUCACAUUCAACCUCAAGAGGAAAGAUGUGGUGAAGGCCUUCGAGGAUCUGCUGGCUAGCGUCAGAGAAAAUGGUCAGCGUGCAGGCAUAUUACAAGUUGAACAAAACGAAGACGAGCCGCCGAAGAGUUAUGUUGAAACACAAGUGGAGCUAGCUACCAAAUGGUUGAAGCGACCGAACUGCAAGCCAGAAGUCAAGGCUUCAGGGGAAGAAGCUGUCAGAAAACUCAUCGACGUCGCUGAAAAGAUGUCUACUGAUAUGAGGGAGAGCGAGAAAGAAGAUAUGUGCGUUCUCAUCACCGAAACUAAAGAUCUUCUUGAAGAAUGCUCUAAAAAAUGUACGCCGGAUAAAGCUAGCCAAUUAGUUGACAAACUGAAGUCGCUGAGCAAGGUCAUAGAGCGGGGAGUGAUCACGAUGGUGGUGGAGGAUUUCAUCGAGGGGGAGGAGCCGCUGCGAGACCUGGAGGUGAUGGUCGACAGUGAGACCGACGCAACGAAGCGCAAGUUCAUCCUGGAGCGGAAGAUAGCGGAGCUGCUGGCCCAGCUGGGCCGCGUGACCCGCACCGCGCGGGCCGUGGGUCACUCUGGGCGCCACACCCAGCUACACCUGCACACCUGCACUGAACAGGCUAACUUAUUAGCUCCUCUUCUGGUAAAGGCCGCUCAAGAAAGAAUCGAAUCGCCGGAUAAUACGGCUGCCAUAGAAAAAUACAAGUCCCUGUUGGCUCAGUACGCCGAGUCUUUGUCCAAGAUUCGGGAACUUUGCGACCAGUCAGUUGACCCCAUGGAGUUCGUGCAGACUGCUGGUGAAACGAUGCAAAGAAUGCGAGAAGUAUCUAGCCAGGACAAUGACCCGCAGAAAUGUGUGUACACGUCGUCUGCAAUUACCAAACUGGCCAACCGUGUCAUCCAUGUAAGCAUGUCGUCCAGCGUCGCCCAGGAGGACCCCGCGCUGCGCAGCGCGCUGACGGCCGCGCAGCAGCGGCUGCGGGCCAGCGUCGCCUCUGACUGGAGGGACACCACAGCUGAGAUCCUGCGCACGACUGGGGAGGUGGAGGCUGUGAUGGGAGGCGAGAUGAUAUUCCAGAACCAACCAACACAAUCUGAUCAACCUAUAUUUGCGGCGGCACGCGACCUGCACUCGGUGGUGCGCGAGUGGUCGGCGCGAGACAAUGAGAUCGUGGCAGUCGCCAAGAAGACAGCUGUUUUGAUGGCAAAGUUGUCAGCUCACAUGAACAAUAACGCUCAGCACGAGCUGGUGCGCACGUCGCGCAGCCUCGCGCUGAGCGCGCGCGCGCUGGCGGCGCUGGCGCGGCGGCUGGCGGCGCGCUGCGGCGACCGCACGCUGCGCACGAACCUUUUGCAAGUGUGCGAUCAGAUUCCUACCAUAAGCGGCCAGUUGAAUAUGUUGGCCACAGUGAAAGGAUCGUCCCUUAGUUCAGGGAACAAGGAGGACCAAGAAAGUCUCAACAUGUUGGUGGAUAACGCGCAAAACCUAAUGUUAAGUAUCCAGCAAGUGGUGCGCGUGAGCGCGGGCGCGAGCGUGAAGAUCGCGGCGCAGCGCGGCGGGCUGCGCAUGCGCUGGGUGCGCAACACUUAUUAUUAACCCGUUUAUCAUCAUUGUUAUCAACACAAGUGUCAUUCCGUUCGUUUGUAAGGAAAAUGUGUCAUAUUUGAAAGUUUAACUUUCUGAGAAAUGUAUUUUUAUGCUUUAUAAA